AUGGGAGCAAUAAAUGCUGCCAUAGCUGGUUCUUAUCCAGGACAUCUGAGUCCAACUUUUCACCCUGGCUUCAUCGGCGGUGCUGGAGGCGGAGCUUCUUCGUUGAGCUACAUCAACAACUACGGACUAGCGCGUCCGCCGUACCCAGAACUUACCGACGCUCGAAGUCACACGUCGAACGGUAGGCAUGUGGGCACCUCUGGAAUCACCCGAAGAACUAAUUACCCCUUCACCACCCUUCAUACAAGUGGUAUAUCAAGUGGUGGGGGUGGCGUCAGCGCAUUAUCACCACCACACUCAUCGCCAUUUCAAUCAUUCGGCGUUGGGAAACGAUCUGGUGAUAGUGUUACCGAGUGUGGAGGCCAAUCUUCAUCCGCAAUAGGUUUGCACGGAUCAUCAUACAAUGCGGCAAUGUUGGCUUAUGAAAAGCACCAGAAAGCCGUUGCUGUAGCCGCGGCAGCGGCGGCCGUGGCUGCAAGUGGUAUACACCAUCGUCAUCACCACCAUCAUUCAUCUCUUGCGCCCCCAGCACAACCUACGCCACCUCAGCAACAGCCGCAACCAUCCAUGAAUUUGAAUCGUGUCGCGAGCCCUGGUAUGAAUAUCGCUCAUAACAUGCACCAACUCCCACACUCGCUACAGCAUCACUUGCACAACUCACCUUCCACAUUUCGUGGUCUCUCCCAACGGCGAAAACGUAGAGUGCUUUUCACCCAAGCACAGGUGUACGAACUGGAGAGGCGCUUCAAACAGCAGAAAUACUUAUCCGCUCCGGAACGAGAACAUUUAUCUCAGAUGAUCAAUUUGACCCCGACACAGGUGAGUUUUUGGCUCAUUAUUGGUGAUGAACUGUAG